CACAGGGUAACCCGACCCGCCGCCCUCGUCCCCCAAGCCCGGCGCGCCAAGAGCCUGCGAUCACUGUAACCAGCAAAUAACACUCUCUGCCGUCGCAUCUCACCCAACUAUCCUCUGGGCGAGUCGAUGCGCGCUCUCUGGUCUACCGCUUGCUUGGUUCUAGACUGAACGAGCCACUUGCUCAAACCUCUAACCGCUUGCAAAUCUGUCUCCGGAAGCCGCAUCCCCUGCUCUCCUUUCGCGUCUUUUCGCAGAGCUCGUUCGCCAUCGCGCACCGCUGGCUCGCUUCGCUCCUCUCAUGGAGUGCUUCCUCGCGAUUCCAUCCGCGUCGCAUACGGUCGCUCGCUCUGUCGCACGCGCGUCACUGGUUGUGUCGCACACCUCCAUCGCCUCCUCUCGCUCUGGCCUACCAUCCAAGAGCAUCCCAUCGUCGCCGAUACCGGCGGCGGCUUUUGCGCCGCGCUUUGCGGGAUGGCGCUCGAGAUCCAGGCUGAGCAGUGAAGCGAUCUGGACCGUUCAUCAGCUGCCGCAGGAGGGUCUUCCGCGAUGCGGUAGAAGAGUCGCAGCGGGGCGGGGGCGGCAGGGGGAAGCGGAAGGGCGCGGUGAGGCGCGGAGAUUCGUGACGCGCGCGUCUGCGGAGGGCAGCAUUGGCGGGGAUGGGCGGGACGAGGUCAGCUCGCGGCUCGGCAGGGGGAGCAGACGAAGCGGCAGUGACAGCAAUAGCGGCAGCAGCAGCACCAGUGAAAGCGAGAGCAGCGAGGAGCGGGUGGCAGGGGCCCGAGGUGGCAUCGGAAGCAGUAGCGACAGCGAGAGUGACGACGGGGUGUCUGAAGGCAGCCCGCCGCAAGAUGUGCUUCUUAAAGCAGUCAGUGAGGUGUCGCGCAUGGCGGGGCGGCAGGCGCGCACAACGAACAUGGUGUUGGGCGGCACGGCCUCGGAGUACGGCGACGACUGGCUCGAGCUCGACAAGAAGGUGAACACAUACCCGAGUCUGCGUGAGUUCACGGCCAUAGGGUCGGGGGGAGGCGACUUUGCUGUGGCCAUGGUGCUGGCCGUGCAGUCCGUCAUUCCCACCGACACCCCUGAGCUUCAGGUGGUAACCAGGGAGAGUGCCACAGGUCGUUACAUCAGUGUCAAAAUAGGACCUGUUAGAAUGGACUCCAGUGAACAGGUUCGAGCGGUGUACCAGGCAAUGAAGCAGGACCCCCGCAUGCGCUACUUCCUGUGAAAAAGACUCAGCGUUGCCUUCGUCAGCAAGUUCUAAAGUUGGAAGUGCCUGUCUAGACGCCCUUUUUUUCAUAUGCAAUGGGGUAGUAAAUAUAUGUGCUGCCGCUAAGCUCUAGUGAUUGUUGAAAUAUUGCCUACAUGCAUAAUUAC